UUCAACGUCAGUGGAGGGAAAGCUGACAGCCUGUAGUAAACAUCUUUUAUACGGUCUAAAGUGAAUAUUCAUAAGUUAUGUUGAGUUAUAUAGCAUAUCGUGGAGGUUUUUGAAUCGUCAGACUAUUUCACAUAACUUUAAGGCAAAACGAAAGGAAAGUAAUGAGUGGAGAGGAAUCCAGGAGAGGCUCAUGCAGGGGUGGGAGUGGAGGAUCGAGAGGAGGAGGGGGACGUGGUAGUGGAGGAUGGAGAGGAGGAGGUGGUGGAUGGAGAGGAGGAGGUAGUGGAUGGAGAGGAGGCAGGGGAGGAUGGAGAGGAGGGGAGGAGGAUGGAGGGAGGGGAGGAUGGAGGAGUAGGCCAUGGAGAGGAGGAUCAACAGGUGGAGGAAGAGGUUCAGGGGGCACAACAGGAGGAGGAGGGUGGAGAGGUGGAGGUGGAUCAGGAAACCAUCAGAGAGUUCUUUGUCAGGCUACUCUAGAUAUGUUGUGUCCGUACAAAGGAUGGGCACUCUACUUCACAGAAGGCUUCAUAGAGAGCUCACCUAGUAUGGAGAAGAUCAAAGUGUUUGAGAAAUAUUUCACCUCCAAGAUUCACCUGUAUGACAAGGAUGAGAUUGAGCGUCAGGGCAGUGUUCUGGUGGAUUAUGCAGAUUUGACUGGAGACAAAUCUGUGCGUGUAGCGCUUCCUAAACUGACCACAGAGCUGAAGGAACAGCCAGAGGUGAUACUCAACUGUUUGGGAGUGGCCAUUCACCAGGUGUUGACUAUAGAUUUGGAGAAACAGGCUGCUGAGCUGCAAGGGGAAGAGCUUCCUGUCGCUACACCAAUCAACAUCCCUCACAUUAGCGCCAGGCUAUAUAACUAUGAACCGUUGACUCCGCUGCGGACAUUGCGUGCCAGUGUGUUUGGACAGCUGGUGUGUGUGAGGGGAACAGUGGUCAGAGUGAGCAAUAUCAGACCUCUGUGUACCAGGAUGGCCUUCAGGUGCCUGGCCUGCUCGCACACACUGUCUCUGCCACUGCAGCAUGGGAAAUACGCUACACCUACCAAGUGUAUCCAGCCUGACUGUCGCAGUCGUUCCUUCGCCCCCAACCGCAGUUCUCCUCUUACUCACACUGUAGAUUGGCAGAUCAUCAAGGUGCAGGAGUUGGUGGGCGGAGAGCAGAGGGAGACUGGACGAAUCCCACGCACCGUGGAGUGUCAACUGGCCUCCGACCUCUGUGACAGCUGUGUCCCUGGAGACACAGUUACUGUGACAGGGAUAGUUAGAGUUACCAAUGAUGGUACAAACACGGGGAAUAAGGAUCAGUGUAUGUUCCUCCUCUACCUUGAAGCCACUUCAGUCAGCAAUACUAAAGGUCAGCAGUCCAAGUCAGGUCAGGGGUCAAGAGGGUCGCUUGAAGAUCGUUCUGGAGGGGAGGAGUUCAGUCUGAAGGAGCUGUAUGCCGUCCAGGAGAUCCAGUCACAGCCUGACCUGCUGAGACUUAUAGUGCACUCUUUGUGUCCUGCCAUUUACGGCCACCUGCUGGUGAAAGCUGCUCUAGCCUUGGUGUUAUUUGGAGGAAGACAGAAACACACGUACAAGAACAGCGUCCCAGUUAGAGGAGACCCACACAUACUGAUGGUGGGAGACCCUGGACUGGGGAAGAGUCAGAUGUUACAGGCAGUGUGUAAUGUGGCUCCCAGAGGAAUCUACGUAUGUGGGAACAGCACAAGCACCACAGGACUAACAGUGAGUUUAUCCCGGGAAGCAGGAACAGGGGAUUAUGCUCUAGAGGCUGGAGCCUUGGUGCUGGCUGACCAAGGGCUGUGCUGCAUUGAUGAGUUUGAUAAGUUGGGCAACCAGCAGCAGGCUCUGCUAGAAGCCAUGGAGCAGCAGUCUGUGAGUCUGGCUAAGGCUGGAAUAGUUUCCUCUCUGCCUGCCAGAACGUCAGUUGUGGCUGCUGCGAACCCCAUUGGAGGACAUUACAACAGAGGCAAGACAGUUUCUGAAAAUCUGAAAAUGGGCUCAGCUCUUCUCUCUCGAUUCGACGUUGUCUUCCUCCUUCUGGACAUCCCAGAUGAGUCACAUGACCGCCGCCUGUCAGAACACGUCAUGGCAAACAGGGCAGGAAGAGGCAGAACCAGCAGCGCCAUAGUUACCAGGACUAAUAGCGAAUUAGAGACCUCCAUCCUACUAGAACACUCAGACAUGCCGCUGUCUGAACGUUUACAGAUCCCUGCAGGUGAAACUGUAGACCCCAUUCCAGCAUGUUUAUUAAGGAAGUAUAUCAGCUACGCUCGUCAGUAUGUCCAUCCCUCGCUGUCUCCUGAAGCAGCACAGACACUACAGAACUUCUACCUGUCACUGAGAUCUCAGGCACACUCUGCUGAUUCCACACCCAUCACCACACGACAACUCGAGUCUUUAAUUAGAUUAACUGAGGCAAGAGCAAGGUUGGAGCUCAGAGAGACAGCUACCAAGAGUGAUGCUGAGGAUGUGGUGGACAUCAUGAAACACAGUCUGGCUGAUACAUACUCAGAUGGUCUGGGCAAUCUGGACUUUGAGCGCUCUCAGCUUGGAUCAGGCAUGAGUCAGCGCAGUGCGGCAAAACGACUGGUCAACGCUCUGCACUUGCAUGCUCAGAGGACCAAUCAGAAGCAGUUUGACCUACAGAUGCUUCGAUCUAUGGCUGACAGACUGAACAUCAAGGUGAUGGAUUUUGAAGGUCUGGUGAGUUCCCUUAAUGAACAGGGUUUCCUGCUGAAGAAAGGAGCCAGGCUGUACCAGCUGCAGACUGUCUGAUCACUGACAACUGCAACAGACUCAGAAAACACACCUGCAGACCUCACUACAAGGUCAGUGUUUGGGAUGAAUGAACAGGGUCUCUUUAUAGAAAAGGAAAAAAAAAAAAAACUUGAUGGGAACCUAUUAUCCAGACCACUUUCACCAAACCACCAACCAGCAGACUACUGUGUAAUCUUUCGAAGAGACUGUAACAACCACAACACUUGACAAAGACAGGACAGAUCAUCAAACUACUGAAACCUCACAAAGAGCAUCUCUGCGGGACCCUGCAGCAACCACAGUUUCCAGAAUGAGCACACACUUCCUGCUAAUAAGAGGAACUAAGGUCAGCGGACUCCAGCACACACACAUAUCUGCUAAAAUAGCAUUUAUUUACACACAAAAAGCUUCAAACUGAACCUGGUAUGAUGGACCCUACUUGUGAUUUAGCUGUACCUGCAUCAGUUACGUGGGACUAAUGAGGAUAUAAAAACCUUUUCAGAAGAUAUCUGGGUUUAGACUGGUUUAUCCUAAUGGUCAGGUACACUUCAUUGUAUAUGCCUUUGUGUUGUUGUGGUUUUUUUACAGUAUGUGGUGACUCUUUCAAACAACAGUUGUAGUUGAAAUGUGUUUUUCACAUUUUUGCGAAGUAAGGUCGGUCUUUGACAAUGCGCUGAACGUCUGAGAGAAGUGGUGAUGUACUUACAUUUGAUUAAUACUCAAUAGGUAAUUAUACUAUCCUACUGUUGAGAGUUGUUUUAUACGUUUUGCUUUCCCCACAGGUGACUUUGUUCUAGAAAGACGUUUUUUGAAUACAGUUAAAAUUGACUAUAUUUUAGAAGUCACUGUUAUUUUUAUGUACAUGAAAUGGCAUGUAUAUAUUUCUGUAUACAUUAAUGGUAGUAGCUUGGUAAAGAUCAAUGUCAUUGGAACAGUUGCUUGCAGUGAUGCAGCUUGUCCUCACUCUGUAGAGCAGUUUCUGCUGCACUCAGCAAUAGCAGUGGCACCACGCUGCUAGAUAACACAAUGAAUAUUCAUCCACUGAGGUUGCCUCUCAUCCAACUCAACAAAUAUUUUUUUCAUGUCAUCAUAUAAGUAUCCAAAAUUGCAGCCCAUUUAAACAUUUUAAUAGCUGAAGCAGGAAGUUUGUCUAGGAUUAAACUUUUGAUACAGCACCGAUAUUACCUUUUUCAGAAUCGUCCUGAAGAAUCCAGUAUUGAUUGCACUAUAGUAUUUUGAUCUAAAAACCUGCUGCAAGUGUACAGUAUUUGCUUCUCAUUUUUGUCUUAAUGCUUUCUCAAAUGUUCUGUAUCAUCUACUGUUUCUGAUUUAAUUUUUGUAUGGUAUGCACUUUAUAAGUUAACAUUAAACAUUCAGUUAAUAAAUAACUUUAUUUUCCUGUAAA